UGAGUGUGUGAGUGUGUGAGUGUGUGUGUGUGUGUGUGAGUCAGCUGGUAUUUAAACACCACACCCUGCUCGGUGCGAUCAUAACGGAGCUGCUGCUGCUCGCUGCCUCUCUGCUGCUGCUGCUUCUCUGAAGGUUGGUCGUCAUGGCGAUGGUGUCUGAGUUUCUGGGUCAGCUGACGCUGUCGUACGGAGGGGAGAAGGAGCCUAAAUUCCCCACCGUGGUGCCGGUACGAGACUUCGACCCGGCCAAAGACGCUGCCAGGAUCGAGACCGCCAUCAAAACCAAAGGUGUGGACGAACAGACCAUCAUCGACAUCCUGACCAGACGCAGCUACGAGCAGCGCAGAGAGAUCGCCUUCGAGUACGAGCGAAUCGCCAAGAAGGAUCUGAUCACGGCCCUGAAGGGGGCGCUGUCCGGCUCUCUGGAGUCUCUGAUGCUGGGUCUGAUGAAGAGCACCGUUCAGUACGACGCCUCCGAGCUCAAAACCUCCAUGAAGGGUCUGGGGACAGACGAGGAGACGCUGAUCGAGAUCGUCUGCUCCAGGAGCAACGAGGAGCUGGUGGAGAUCAAGAAGGUUUAUAAAGACAUGUUUAAGAAGGAGCUGGACAAAGACGUCGCAGGAGACACGUCAGGAGACUUCGCCAAACUGCUGCUGGCUCUGGUUCAGACGAAGAGAGAUGAACCCUCCAACGUCGUCGACUAUCAGAUGAUUGACGAGGACGCCAGAUCUCUGUAUGAAGCCGGAGUGAAGAAGAAGGGAACCGACGUGGCGACCUGGAUCUCCAUCAUGUCUCAGAGGAGCGUCCCCCACCUGCAGAAAGUGUUCGACAGAUACAAGAGCUACAGUCCCUACGACAUGAAGGAGAGCAUCAGGAAGGAGGUGAAGGGAGAUCUGGAGAAGUCCUUCCUCACUCUGGUGGAGUGCUUUGAAAACAGGCAGCUGUACUUCGCCAACAGACUCAGUGACGCCAUGAAGAGUAAAGGGGCGAAGGAGAAGGUGGUGACCAGGAUCAUGGUGUCUCGCUGUGAAGUCGACCUGAUGAAGAUCAGAAAAGAGUUCAAGAAGCAGCACAAGAGGUCGCUGUACCAGACCAUCGCUGAGCACACUAAAGGAGACUACCAGAAUGCUCUGCUCAGUCUGUGUGCAGGAGACGACUGAGACCUCAGCUCUGUCUGGACUCAGUUUCCCAGAAGGCCGCUGGGUUUGAGAUGUCAGCUGACUGCAGAUCUUCUUACAGUAUUUGAGCCGGUUGUGUUUCCACAGUAAACAGAACAUGUGGCCUCCUUCUCUCUGAGCCGCUUCUGUGUCUGAAAUAAAAACUCCUCACCUGUCA